CCCGUUUCUCUGCAAACGUAGUUUCUUCACCUCCCACCGAUUUUCUUUUGCUCUUCCGGAGCGGCAAAUUUUAGUUUCUUCGCUCUCCUUGAGACGCCCUAAUUGAUUUUCAGGAAAAAAAAAGAUGGACUUUGAUGACGAAGACAAACCAAAAGAGGUUUCCAAAACCCGCAGAUUUGCACCUGGUCGUGCCGGAAAGUCCAAACCCAAACCUAAACCGGAAGAGAAAGCCGACCCGCCGUCACAAACUGAUACUCCAUCGGAGUCGGUGAGCAAGAGUGAGCACGACGUUGAUGCGAAAUCCGCUGGCCCCAAGGUUGAGCCUGAGGUCUACAAUGGCGCCGUUAAAAUGGAGAUUGAUUCAAAAGUGGAUAAGGAGCUGGAGUCUACGGAAGCUGAGUUGAUGGAGGAAGAUCAGCUUCCACUUCAGGAGGAGGAGAAGGUAGAAGAAGAAGAAGACUUUGUUGUUCGUGAAAUUGACGUUUUCUUCAAUCCGUCUAUUGAUGCAAACACUAAGCUUUAUGUUCUACAAUAUCCUCUAAGACCGUCUUGGCGUCCAUACGAAAUGGAUGAACGAUGCGAAGCAGUUAGAGUGAAUCCUUCGACCUCCCAGGUGGAAAUUGAUUUGUCUAUGGAUGUCCAUUCGAGGAACUAUGACUCCAAGUUUGGAAGUGAAUUACAUAUGACUAAGCAGACCUUGACAACAACAUGGAAGCAGCCUCCUACAUUGGAUUAUGCUGUAGGGGUUCUUUCAGGUGAUAAGUUACACUUGAAUCCUGUUCAUGCUGUUGCUCAGCUCCGACCGUCUAUGGAGUAUCUUUCAUCCAAAAAGAAACACGCAGAAGCUACUGGAGAAUCUGUUGGAACAUCAAAAAGACAGAACAAGGGAGUGCAGGCUUCGACGGAUCAGAAACCGAUUCCUGAAGAAAAUUGGGUUGCACUCAAGUAUCAUGGACUUCAGUCAGAAUUUUGCUCCAGAUAUCUUAACGGAAUGAUGGCCAAUGGGAACUCUUCAAUAGACUUCAACAUGAGCCCGGACGUUUAUAUCAACUCACUGUGCCGUGGGGAAAGCAGCAGAAACUCUGAAUCAAGAGAUUCAUCGAAAAGGGUCUUAACCUCCCUACCGCUUGAAGAACGUGUGCAAAAGCUGCUCUGCCAGGGACCUCCCUUAUUUCGAUACAGUGUUCUUAAGCACUAUGCCCCAGAGUUCUCAGACAACGAUUUCUUAAAGGUCCUCCAAGAUUAUGCCUGGUUAGUUCAAGGUUUAUGGACUCCCAAAACUAGGCUACUACAACUUGACGGGCCCCAAGAGGCUUCCAGGGAUUAUGUCCUGAUGCUGUUUAGCAAGGGUUCAACUAUAACGUACUCUGAGGUUGCAGCAACUGGUCGCCUUAAGGAAAAGAUAACAAGUAUGUUGACUAAAUUUGCCAAAGAAAGGCCCCUGCUAUGUGAUUGGAAGUUCAAAGAGCCCGCUGAUGUUUCGUUCAUAAAAUCAUACAAGGAGAUUGCUAAUAAGCAAGAAAUCUUUUGGAAGGCUCUGGACGAAAAGCUUACACCAAAGAUAACACAAGGAGGCAAAAGUAGAGCUGAUAACUUAAGGAAUGGUGUAGGCAAAAAUCCUUCAGGUACAGUUAAACCAGAGAUCCCAACAACUCUCUCAGACAAAGGAGGAAGUUCAAGAAAUGCAAUACAUCGUUUUGUUGGACAAAAAAUGUCAGAAGAUAUUCGGAGGGCGAUACUAAAGGCCUUGAAAAAGGUGUUUCAAUCUCACAAAGUUUGCAGCUACGAGACGAUCUGCCAAAGACUUAGGGAUCUUGCAGUUUCCACAUCAAAUAAUCCAAAGGCUGAUUCAGGCAUGGCACAACAAGUGGCGUUAGCUGUGGAUGCUCACAAAGAAGAGCUCCAACAAAUUAUAAGUGAAGUGACUGUUGACAUCCACGGCUCUUUUGUCUAUAAGUUGUCUCCAGACCAUCCAGAACAUGACCCUCUCAGGAGCGUGGUUAUUGACCUCUUACUUGGAAAUUCACCUGGAGCAAAGCUUAUGAGAGCUGAUGUAUUUGUAGCAGGCGAGACCGUACUUCGUCGUAAAAUCACCAGCAACGAAUACCAAAAGGUGAUGCACGACCUCUGUGAAAGCAGCUCGUCAGGAUGGGUUUUACAGAAACCUCGAUGAGUGGCAUCAGAGGAAAGAAUUUAAUGAUAUAAAAGUUUUGAUAGAAAACUAGAGAUUCAUUUUGUAACCAUUUACGAUUCACUAGACUUGACUUACAUUGUCGUAUUUUUCUUUACUUGGCUGGCAAUAUUAGCUUCGUUUCAGGUAUUUUGUCUACUU